UUAGGUUUUAACCCAUCAUUUCUUUCUGAUAAAUACCCUUUGCAGAAACCAAUCAUCAGUCACCGGAAAACAUGACGGAUUCCGGCGGAGGAUGUUGCAGAUGUUGCUGCAGCUUCGUCUUCACUUUGGGUCUGACAGCACUUUUCAUGUGGCUAAGUCUACGUACUUCGAACCCCAAAUGUUCCAUUGAAAAAUUCUACUUGCCUUCACUUAACAAAACCUUAAACACCCCAAACGAUACCACCUUAAACCUCACGUUAAAGCUAAGCAAUCCCAACAAAGACAAAGGGAUUAAGUACGAUCCGGUUAACGUCACAGUUUUCGAUUUUUCUAAUAGAAGCCAUGUCAUAGGCAAAGUUCUGGUGCCGCCGUUUUACCAGGGUCACAAAAAGAACGCUAAAAAGGACUGUACGGGGAUCGCUAACACGACGGUGGCUUUACGGGCGGUAGACGACUACGGAACGGGGGUUUUCCGGGUGGAUAUGUCGACUUCGGUGAAGUUUAAGAUCAUGUUCUGGUAUACAAAGAGGCAUAGGAUAAGGGUAGGAGCAGAUGUGACGGUCAACGCUAGUGGUAUUAAGGUUAACAAGAAAGGGAUCAAGCUUAAGUCUAUGGCACCACCAAGGAUGGGUAGUUUUUGUGUAGUGAUGGGAGCUUCGUUGAAUCUCUUGGCCUUCAGUUUGCUUAAUUUUUGGUGAGUUUUUUUGGGUUUUUUUCCGCAAUGUUCUUUAGCAUAUUUUCAGAUCUUGUAUUUGCAGAAGUAGGGUACAAAGAUUGUUAAUGUAUUGAUUUAAGAAAAAUUGCUUAGUGAAGUAUAGUGAUUCUUCAAAUUUCUUGGCAAUCGAAGCCAUUGAUGUUCUGUUUCUGAGAUCAAGAAAUUUAGCAGUAAACUUUGAAGAUUUGGUUCUUGCUUAUUAUGUUUCUGCAAUGAGUGGUUCAUAUUUGCUCAAGAUAUUUGCUGCUAUUUGUUCCCAGUAGACCCACUUG